CUUCUUCGUUGGUGGAGGUGGAGUUGUGAAGAGAGGAGGUGAAGCGUUCAAACUUUUUCAGGUUUAUAUAUGUUUAUUGUAUGAUCAUUGUUUUGUAGUGUUUGUGUACGUGUAGUGUAGUUUUCUGUGUGUUGUGCGUGUCUCGUGGCGGGGAUGGCGUCCGCAGGGACGCCGCCUGUUAGAAGAAUUGUAUAUAAGUUAUCAUGUGCUGAAUGUAUUGCUGAUGCAGAGUGUGACAGUCUGACAUUUGUGUGCAGUCUAGCACCUCUGAGUGCCACAUCCUGUUUUGCAAUAAAAAUAAUUAGUCUCAUUGUCUAACUGAAGUAUGUUUCUUGCCAUAUAAGGAAAUGUACCCAAAGCAAGGAACUUGCCUGGAGAGACGUGAAGGUCAAGACGGAUUUCACUUCUCUCUAUGUAAAUGUCACCCCACCUUGACCUUGUAUCUGAGCUUUUGAAUAAAUACACUGUGAAAGGGAAGUACCGUCGAAGUUGGCUGCGACCUACUCAAAGGUGCGGACUUCCCUUGCAAGUAAAAACGUACGAGUGUAUGUGUGGUGUUUGAUUCAUGGAUUCUUACAACAUUGAUACAUGUCUGGGUUAAAUUCCCUCGACAUUUUUGGUCCUUCGAGCCGGAUGCCAACAGAUCCAGACCAGGGGAGCGGAUCGAGAGAGAACUGAAGACUGUGCACAGCCCUUAGGACAAAGUCCUGUGGAGUGAAUUCUUCCCAGGCCAGUUCGACCUGACCUGUUCCUUGGACUGGAUUGACGGCAUCCGAACAAAAAGAAGACGAAUCAAACAGGUUCCAAAAGUGACUGUGGGAGAUUUCGUGUUCAUCAAGUCGAUAAAAAGGAAGCACUGGAACAGCCCACGGUGGGAGGGACCGCAUCAAGUGCUGCUCACAACACCCACUGCAGUAAAGAUCACUGAGAGAGGAACCUGGAUACAUCUCUCUCACUGCAAAAAGGCAACACAGGAGACCGGUGACGCCACUGGUUAGGAGGGGAAGCCUGACUUCAAAGGGGGGUUACCUAAUAGUGGUGACUCGUCUCAACGUCAGUGAAGUAAACAACGAUCCCCUAACCGUUAGGGCAUUCACUGGAAACCUGGUAUUGUAUAAAAAAAAUGAAGUUACUGAGACUGUUUGCAGUGGGAGUAUGAUGUGUCCUUACAGGUUUGAUGCUGAUGAGAGAUGGAGACGACACUGCAAGGAAGAAGAGAGAACUUCUGACUGGGCAUGACAUAAACCACAACAUAUGGUAUCGCAAUGCUAACUUGACAGCUUACAAAAGUAAUGUGACCAACUGUUACGUAUGUAGCUUUGUCCCACACCAUGCUAAUUCUAACCCGUUCUGGACACCAGAACCUGAGACGGAGGUUAACACUCUGUGUAUAGUAGCAUUCUGGUACAUGCAAGUGAUCAAGAAUGACAAAUACUUCACUCGAUGGCUUCCAAAUUGUACUAAGAGUCAACCUAUUAAAGAAUGGCGAGAUCCUAGAAACUACACCAAAAAGACUAACCAAACUAAUCUGGAGGGAAUAGCACCCGCCCGCUAUCCAACCAAAUCUCCUUUCUGUUUCUCCGUGACUUGUAGAGAGAGUUUUCGUACACGAAAGAACGUAAUAAUUCCCGCUACCAAGUACUUGGGAAAGUCAGAUUUUUUGGUAACUCUAAAAGUAGCUAGUGACGCAGAUCAGAAUAAAGGAUAUUGGCAUCCACUGUACAGCGACAGCUCUCCCAGUAAACCCUGUAACCACCUGAGUGUCCACUGCAACGUGGAUCACGCACCAAUAAAUUGGACAGCGGUCGGAGAAAGAGCUGAAAUACAGGGAUGGCAAAGCAUACCUUCUAUGUGGAUGUUUUUACCUGGCGAGAAUGGUUACCCCAGUCCAACCACUCAUGUGUGGGUAUGUGGCAAAGAUAUGUAUCUGUACCUCCCUAACAACUGGUGUGGAACUUGUCAUUUGGCUAGACUAGUUCCUGCAGUUGUAUUGAUUCCUGCAGCUGACGUCUCAAAGGCUAUGGCCAACACCCCAACACGAAUAAAACGCUCUAUGGAAGAAACAACAGUUAACAAAGACAAAGAACCAUUGGUAAACGAUGCAAGAGGUGUGUUCAUGACAAUCUUCCCAAUGUACGGUGUGGCAUAUUUGGCCCACAGGAUGAAUGAGAUGCACGCCGAUUUAGAAGACAUUGCUGAGUCUCUGGAGGGGGUCCUUAAACAUCUAGUGGAGGACCCUGAAAAGAGGGCAAUGCGAGCCAUGAUUCUGCAGAACAGACUAGCACUCGACUACCUAUUAGCUAACCAGGGAGGGGUGUGUGAACUCAUAGGUGACCAGUGUUGUACUUUCAUUCCUGACCCGACUAGCAAUCUCACCAAUAUGCUUAACAAAGUGACUGAAUUGCGGAAGCACCUGACAGACAAAAAAGAUGGCCAGUGGAGUCCAUGGACAUGGUUGUCCUCUGGAGGGUAUCUCCAAAUCGUUGGAAAGAUCCUCAUCCCUGUUGGUGCUGUUUUGCUCUUGUUUUGUGUUUUCAUGAGCUGUGUGUUACCAUGCAUUCGAACAAUGAUUAACAAAGCUGUAGGUCAAUCUGUUACUGCUGUAAUGAUGAGUGAAGAGUAUUUGACUCUGCUUCACAGCCCUGACGGAGAUGGUGAUAUCGACCUUGAGGAUGAAGACACAGAACUGUAGCAACAUUGAAAAAUUUAACUUUUCCCUCUGAGUGUAAAUAAAAAUGAAGGUGUUAUGAAAAUGAUGGUCAUGCAGAAAACUUGAAAAAGAGAUAGUAUGACUCGACAGAGAGGAUUUGACAUUCAUUAAUGAUAAACAGGAGGGAAAUGUUAGAAGAAUUGUAUAUAAGUUAUCAUGUGCUGAAUAUAUUGCUGAUGCAGAGUGUGACAGUCUGACAUUUGUGUGCAGUCUAGCACCUCUGAGUGCCACAUCCUGUUUUGCAAUAAAAAUAAUUAGUCUCA